CUAAGACAAACCAUUCUGCACUGUGACUCUGUGAUGUGGGUAUCCUGUCUGUCAGAUAAGCUUUAACAUAUUUAAAUGGAUUAUGAGUUCCUUUACAGUUGUCCACUCUCGCCUCUCACUAUACACUUGACUGUCGUCCUCUUUUUGCUGCUAUUCGCCUACACGCCUGCUAAAGGUCAGCCUCAGGUGAUUGGUUCACUCCAGCCAAUCAUGGCCGCCCCGGGUGACAGCGUCAUCCUGCCGUGUCACGUGGAGCCUCCGAUCGAUGUGAGGGGACUGAUGGUGGAGUGGUCGAGGCCCGACCGUAAGCCUGACCCCAGAGAUGGGCUGAGCAGGGUCGAGUACGUCCAUCUUUACCGAGACAAUCGCGAGGUCCCGGACAUGAAGAUCCCGUCGUACGUCAGCAGGACGGCGCUGUUCACAGAUGGACUGAGACAAGGCAACAUAUCGCUCAAAAUCAUUAACGUGACGCUUGCAGACGAAGGGAGGUACAGGUGUUUCAUCCCGAAGUUAAAGAGCACAAAACAGGAUUCAAUUGUUAAUCUCUUAAAAUGUUGUUUAUGGUCCAGAUUAAAAAUUAACAUGAAAUUUUUAUUAUUAUUAUCAAUAUUUUAUCUCGUCUAUCGAGCGUCAAAAAUAAUACACAUAAAAGAUCAGUGUCUCUAAUACCUUUAAAGGACCAGUGUGUAGGAUUUAGUGGCCAACUCAAGGCGCGAGGAGAGGAGGUGAGGAAAGGAAUCGAGAAUGUACAAACUGAGAAAUGAGAAGAGGGGAAUGUUUUAGAUGAGGAAGUAGUUGUGUGUUUUCUCUGAUUAUGACGACCCCUCCGCUCCAACGUGCUCUUAUGUUCUUUGGGUUCGCUGUGCUGGUUUUUCUUU